GAAAUUAAAGAAAAAAUAUAUAGUUAAAAUGUUAUCCAUAACUGGUAAAAAGUUGACAUUGCUAGCCUUUAAUUCCAGAUGUCUUUCAAGAGUAUCAAGAUAUCUUGGUACAAGUGGAUCCCAAAACAAUAAAUUAACAGAUGAUAAACCGUCAGUCUCUCUCCCUGAUUAUGCUGAUGCUGUAGUGAUUGGUGGCGGUUCUAUUGGUUGCUCUACUGCAUAUCAUCUUACGAAACAUGGCAUGAAGAAUGUUGUUCUUAUCGAAAAAGAUCAAUUAAGUGCAGGAACAACAUGGCAUAGCGCUGGACUCUUAUGGAGAUUGAGACCUUCAGACAUUGAGGUUGAACUACUUGCUCAUACAAGAUUAAUUGCUCGUGAUAUUUUAGAGAAAGAGACUGGUCUAAGCUCUGUGUUUAAUGAAAAUGGUGGCUUGUUUAUUGCAAACAAUAAAGUGCGAUUGGAUGAAUAUAAACGAUUAAUGACUCUCGGAAAAGUUUAUGGAGUGGAAUCAUAUACUUUGUCUCCAACUGAAACAAAAGCUUUGUACCCUCUAAUGAAUGUGAAUGAUAUAUAUGGAACUUUAUAUAGUCCUGGUGAUGGAACAAUAGAUCCUUCUGGAUGGACAGCAGUUUUAUCAAGAGCUGCUGCUCUACGAGGAGCAAAAAUAGUUGAAAAUUGUUUGGUAACAAAUCUUUUAACUGAAGUGGAUUUAUUUGGAAAGAAAAAAAUAACUGAGGUACAUACCAAUCUUGGCAACAUAAAAACAAACUGUGUUAUAAAUUGUGCUGGUGCGUGGGCUCCUCAUAUUGGAGCAAUGUGUGGUGUUCCAGUACCAUUGGUUGCUUUGAGACAUGCUUAUGUUAUUUCAGAACGUAUUGAGGGUAUUGAGAGAAUGCCGAAUGUGCGUGAUCAUGAUGCAUCAGUAUAUCUUAGACUCCAAGGCGAUGCUCUUGCUAUUGGGGGUUACGAACAAAAUCCCAUGUUUGUUAAUAAUCUUCCAAACAACUUUGCAUUUUCACUAUAUGACUUGGAUUGGGAUGUUUUUAGUUCUAACAUUAAUGGCGCCAUCAACCGUGUUCCAAUUAUUGAAAAAACUGGUAUCAAAUCAACAGUUUGUGGCCCAGAAUCGUUUACUGCCGACCACAAACCUUUAAUUGGACCUGAUAUCAAUGUUAGGGGUUAUUACCAUAAUUGUGGAUUUAAUUCAGCUGGUAUCAUGUUGUCAGGAGGAUGUGCUAAUGAACUUGCUAAGUGGGUAAUUCAUGGUAAUCCUGAUUUAGACAUGUGGAGCUAUGAUAUAAGGCGUUUUCAUCAUUCAUUGAUUGUAAAUGAAAAAUGGAACCGCGAAAAAAGUCAUGAGGCAUAUGCAAAGAACUAUUCAAUGCAGUUUCCAAACGAUGAACCUUUGGCUUCAAGAAAUAUGAGGCUUGACCCUUUUCAUCAGGUACUCAAAGAAGCUGGAUGUUUUUAUCAAGAACGUCAUGGCUGGGAAAGACCUGGCUGGUUUAAUCUAGAGAAAGUUUCUGAGGUAAAAGAUUAUGACUGGUAUGGUGCAUAUAAAGAAAUACCAAAACAUAAUAACUACAUAUACAAUGAAAUCCUAAAUGAUGAGUACACUUUUAAUUUUCCUCAACAUUUUGAUGCAAUCGGUUCAGAAUGUAAAACUUGUCGUGAAAAAGUUGCAGUUUUUAAUAUGUCAUAUUUUGCUAAAUUUUUGUUGACUGGCCCAGAUGCAUCUACUGCUGUAGAUUGGAUUUUUACUAAUAACAUGAGAAAACCAACUGGUUCUGUAACUUACACAUGCAUGCUGAAUGAAAAAGGUGGUAUAGUUGCAGAUUUAACAGUAAGCACACUUGAUUCAAGUAACAACUCAUCUGCAAUAUUUCCUGAAUUUCAAGAAAAUGGUUACUAUUUAGCUAUUGGCGGUGCAAUAGGAGAGCAUGCUUGGGGUCACAUUCAAGAUGUUAUUCAUAAUAAGAAGUUUAAUGUAAAGCUUGUUGAUAUUUCAGAAGAAGUAGGAAUGUUAAGUAUACAGGGACCAAACAGUCGGAAGCUUCUUCAAAAAUUGACUGGCGAGAAUUUGUUAAAUGAUGCUUUCCCUUUCUCAACUCAUAAAGUGGUUGAAAUAGCUGGUCAUAAAAUGAGAGCUCUUCGUCUUACAUUUGUUGGUGAAAUGGGUUGGGAACUUCAUAUACCUAAACAUGCAUGUGUUGAUGUUUACCAUGAAAUUAUGAAGGUUGGUAAAGAGUUUGGCAUUGUUAAUAGUGGUUAUCGUGCCAUUGACAAUUUAAGCAUAGAAAAGGGUUAUCGUCAUUGGCAUGCUGAUAUAAGAGCUGAUGAUACCCCAUUAGAAGCAGGAUUGGCUUUCACUUGCAAGUUGAAGUCAGAUGUGCCAUUUUUAGGACGGGAAGUGUUAGAAAAACAAAAAAAAAGUGGCUUGACCAAAAAAUUAGCCUGCUUUACUAUUGAUGAACACAGACCUCUUAUUGGUCUUGAAGCAAUAUGGCGCAAUAAAGAAAUUGUUGGUAUGAUUCGUCGAGGUGGAUAUGGUUUUCACAUCGGAAAAACUAUAGGCUAUGGGUACGUUAAGAGUCCAUCCGGGGGUUGCAUUGAUAAUGAGUUCCUUAAAACAGGGAAUUAUGAAAUCGAAUCAAUGGGCGAAUUUAUACCAGCUAUCUGUAACUUAAAUCCUCUUUUUGACCCUGAAAACAAGAGAAUAAAAGGGCUGUAUUCAUAAGAAACUGUUUUUUUAUAUUUUUUGCAAAUUAUAAUUUUUAUAAGACUUUGAAUUAAAUAUUUAAUUUUA